ACUGAUUCUGUCAGCGGCGUGGCCGACCUCUACAACCUCUCGAGUCGACGCAUGACUGUGCGCAAUGGCUUCGCCCUCCACUCCGGCAUCACUCGAGGCGCUCCUCUCGCCAGGACCUGAAUCCCGAAGACUUUCCGAUUAGCAGCCGCGCCCGCUGGGAUUCGCGACUCGGUUGCAACGGAAGCAGACUUCAACGAUGUCGAGCUUGACGACGGGAAUUUUUCCCCCGUCGCCCUCACCUCUGGCAUGGCAGAUGCGGACCUUCACGACAAUUCAGAUGGCGCGUCCGGUUCCUUGGCUGGCUCCUCAGAUUACAACAGUGUCCUUCGGUCGCAGAGCGAAGAUAUUCGGCAACGUUCGGCUUCUAUAAGCACCAUCACUUCCGCUAACAACAUCGUAUACGACUUGCACGACGACACUCAGCAGGGCACUAGGGAGCAUCCUCACCGAACUAGCAUAGAUGGACAGAUUCGGUUACAGCAGGAGUUUGAGAGGAGGCACAAGGACUCGGAUGCAGGUGCUGAGCGUGACGACGCUACUGUCAUAGAUUGGGACUUUUGGGGUGCUGUGAUCUCAGACUACCAGCAAUUCGCCACCGACCGGCCCGAAGAGCUGGCACAGGCCAUUGCAAAGGGGAUACCGAACACCCUACGAGGCAUGAUGUGGCAGUUAAUGGCCGCCUCCAAAGACCCGGAGCUGGAGAGCACGUAUCUGAAGUUGCUCAAAGAAAGCAGCACACAUGAGAAGUCAAUCACCCGAGAUCUUGGCAGGACAUUUCCCCAUCACGACUUCUUCACGGACGGGCAAGGUAUUGGGCAGGAGAAUCUCUUCAAUGUGCUCAAGGCGUAUUCGAUCUAUGAUGAGGCUGUCGGUUACUGCCAGGGCCUCCCAUUCGUGGUUGCCAUCCUGUUGUUGAAUAUGCCCGAUGAAGAGGCAUUCAGUCUCCUCGUGCGGCUGAUGCAUGUGUACGAUCUUCGCGGUCAUUUUCUUCCGGAAAUGCCCAAGCUGCAGCUGCGUCUUUUUCAAUUCGAUCGCUUGGUGGAAGAAAUGCUGCCUGUCCUUCACGUGCAUUUUCUCCGAGAAGGGGUGAAAUCAAGCAUGUACUGCUCGCAGUGGUUUUUAACGAUGUUCAGCUACCGUUUUCCGUUAGAAAUUGUGUUCCGGAUAUACGACAAUUGCCUGGCCUCAGGAAUCGAGGCGAUAUUCGGCUUCAGCGUCAUGUUGCUCAUGAAAAGCGAAGCUACUCUACUCUCCCUCCCAUUCGAUAAGAUCUUGGACCACCUGAACAACCACCUCUUUGAUCCAUACCAAAUCGAAAAUGCGCAAGAUGACGAUGGGAAGCCGGUGUACGAGGUUGAACAGUUCGUCCAAGAUGCAGUGUCGCUUCGCAUUACCCCUUUUAUGCUGGAUUCCUACCGGCACGAGUACGAGGAUCUGUUGCGUGAAACAAACAAGCACGCAAUUGAAGUCGACGAGCUUCGAAACAGCAACCGAGUCUUGUCUGCUUCCGUGAAAAAACUCGAAUCCAGUCUGGCACAACUCAACACAGAGCAUGUGCAGGUGCUGAAUGAGCUCGUGAAAGCAAGGCUCAGAAAUGACGAACUCGAAGGAGAGCUGGUCCGUUAUAAACUGUUAUAUGCCGAGGCUAUGCACGAAAACCAAGAUGCACAAUCGUCACAACGGAUAUCAUUUGCUGGGCUUUUCAGUAGGAAGAGCAGCUAGACGCUGUCAAUACCCAUUCCACAUAUUGUAUCUCUAGCUGUAAUCCUGAAUCUGAGUAACACCGCCACCGGAUAUCAGGGAGAAAUCCGGCCCGCCUAUUUUUC